AAGCAGCUGCCAUUGACAAGUAUAAUAAAGAAAUGGAAGAAUUGUGUGGUGCUGAUAAACCUUACUUAGCUCCUCAGAAACUUGAAGAGGAACACAAGUCUCUCCAAAUGCUCUGCCUGGAACAGUUCUUCGAGACGCCCAAGAUGGGCGGGGAUGUCUUCAGCGCUGAAUACAUGAAGAAACUAGAGAUAAUGAUCGACGAAGCGUACGAGAACUUUGUCAAACGUAACGAGAGCAAGCAACUGAUGAAUGCAUACAGGACGCCAGCUGUCCUUUGUCUUGUGAUGGUCCUCUCUUAUAUCCUCUCCACCAUAUUGGAUAUGUUUGGCAUAGAGAGCCUCUCACAGACUGCUGUACUGGGUCUGUACAUACCACUGCUGCUGGUUGGGCUAUGGGUCUACGUGAGGUACACUGGACAGUUGAGGAGCGUAGGAACCAUCAUUGAUAACUUUACUUCAGCUAUAUGGGAUCAAGCUUUACAACCGAUUUAUAUGAAAUUAUUACAGAGAGGCCUAGAACAGGCAGUUAAUAUAGCAGGGACUUCAAAAAAAAAGAAAACAAACUAAUCAUUAAUUAUUAUUAUUAAUAUGACUUACAUUACACUCGCUGACACUAUAAUUAUAUGAACUACAAUUAUGUCUUUGGAAAGUGUAGAUCUAUUUCUAAUGUUAAUUAUGUUAUGAAUUAUUAUACUCUAUUUACCAUAAUUUUAUGUGUAGUUGGAUUUUAUUCUAGUGUAAUUUUCAUUGUGACAUUCACAUAAU